CCCGCAAUGCUAGCUUCCACGUCAAAAACUCAGCGCGUCAAUGGGCUGGACUAGCACGCGGUGAUACAGAGAGGCUCGGCAAGCUCAUUUAAAUUUAACCCUUUCACCACCACCACCACGCCACCAUGAAGUACUCGGCGAACUGCAAAAUGCUUUCACUAUUACAGAGACGGUAAUGUCGUUUCAAAACCCUCAAGGUGGAAUAAGUAUCGGAAUUGAAGUAUAUACAAGUGUGGAGAUAACUACCUCCAGGCGCACGCGCACACACACAAACACACGGAUGUCUCUUGGAAACAGGCAUGACACUAUGAGCACGUGAGUAAUCCCUGGCUCACGUGACGCAUACUUUUAGUCAUGGCCGACGACUACAGGCGACAGGGUUUUGAGUUGGAGAGAAGGAUAUUUGAGUUAGACAUCAAGUGUUCCAGUCUCAGAGCUGAAAAGCAAGAUGAUGACUAUUUACAGAAUGCGUCUGCCAUACUAGACAAGUUGAAAAGCUAUUACAGGCAAGGAGGGGAGAGUAGCAACCUUUCCAAGGUGCUUCAGGAUUACACACAGGUAAUCCUGGACAUCACAUUUUAUGAAGAGAAUAAACUGGUGGACCAGGAGUUCCCUGAGGACUGCUCACCUUUUAAAAUCCAGCAGCUGCUGCAAGACCUGACCGAGCCAGAGGUUUUGGCAGGGAGGCUAGCACCAGCACAGGAAGUGCAGUCUAUGUUGGGCCUUGAGCUGUUAGAAUGCCUCUAUUGGAGACGUGGAGCUCUGCUGUACAUGUACUGCCACACCCUUCAUCAGCGAAAACAGUGGAUUAAGAAAAACAAGGACACAUUCCUUAAGUGUAUUCAGGAAGGGGUGCGCUACCUAAUGCGGAUGCUGCAGGUGAGAAACUCUGUGAAGCUCAACGAUGGCGUGGUGCUCCAUGACACUGCUACAGCAAGCUUCCUAUCUGAAGGCAUCUUCUCAGACACACACCUGUUGACGAUGAUGUACAUCGGGGAAAUGUGUUUCUGGGCGGUCAAGUACGAGGACUGCAGUGCUGACACUAUGGAUCGCAAGGAAGAUCGCCUCCAGUUUCGGGACAUUGGCACACAGAUCCUCAACAAAUAUGUGCUGGCCUGUGAGGGCCCUCUGCAGGGCCAGGGCUGGAACACAGAAAAUGCCAAGGAAAUCCUUAGUAUUUUACAGUGAACCCAGCUGCCCCUGUGUUGAAGUUGCCCUCGGGCACAGAUCUAAGUUCAGUAUUCAAAUGUGUGUAAACCCCAAAUAAAAAUGCAAUUCAUCAGGUGGGGUGUAAUCUUGUGGAAGGUACAGUAGAGACAUGGGGAGAAAGUGUAUGUGAAAGAGAGUCUUUGGAUCAGUGUCUACAGGCAACCUCAUCCCAUGCCAAAUGGCCGAGGCCAAAGCAGGUGAAGGAGAGGUUAGAAAGGAUGAGACUGGUGGUGUAAAACUGGCAGGGGAUGCAGCCGAGGUUGUUAAAUAACAUUUUGCCCUGUCCUGCUGAAAAAGCAGUUAUCAUCUUGAUUCCAGACUGUUGACUGGGGCACUUAUUUUGCUCCGAGAAUGUGUUAUAAUAACAUUAAUAUAAAUAUUAAAAGGUUAUUAAUGAAAUUGACCUUUUUUUUCUUUUUUUUUUCUUUUUUUUUUUUUUUUAAAGAUUUAAGAUAAUCCAGCUGGAAAUGAGACAUUGCACAGUAACAUUUUAUUUAUUGUUUUUUUGCUAUUUUGUUAUGCUUUUUAAUAUAUUAUAAUUGCAUAUACAUUAUAUAUGUAUGUGUGUAUACAAAUAUACACUAAAGGCAAAAGAAAGGUGUUCAAAAACAAUUGACAAUGAUGUAUUCAUGACUAUUUGAAGUAUGUUCAGAUUUGUUCAUACCAGCUUUGUAAUGCGCCACUUGUAUUCCCAUCUAUUGCAAAAUUACAUUUCUCUGCCACUUCAGUAACCUUGAUAGUACAACUAUUAAUAGAGACUCUGUGUUGUUUGGACGAAAAUCAUUUUCUGUUUUUUAUGUCCUCGUUGACAAUAAACACGCGCGUUGUUUUAAGAAAAA